AGUGCAGAGGCGAACAGCAGUAGGAGAAGAAGGUGGGCGGCCAUGGAGAUGCUGAGCAUGCUGAAGGUCGGGUACACCAUCCUGCGCAGCGAGACGCCGGCGACGGACCUCGUCAACACCUUCAUGGACUGGGCGGCGCGCCGGUCACUGCUCCUCUUGGCGAUCUUCCUCCCGCCUUACUACGUCUACAAGCUCGCCACGUCCGCGUUCGCCGUUGUCGCGCCGGAGGACGUUGCCGGGAAGGUCGUGCUCGUCACUGGCGCCUCUUCCGGCAUUGGCGAGCAAAUAGCUUACCAGUACGCAAAGAAGGGAGCGAGGCUGGCUCUAGUGGCGAGGAGGGAAGCAAGUCUGCACGAUGUCGCUGCGAAGGCGAAGGAUGUAGGUUCGCCGGACGUUCUAGUUGUUGCAGGGGACGUUGCAAAUCCAGAGGAUUGCCGGAGGUUUGUGCAGACCACAGUUGAACAUUUCGGACAAUUGGAUCAUCUCGUUAACAAUGCUGGUGUAGCGAGUGUGUGCUGGUUCGAGGAAGUGCCAGAUGUUGCAGAUUUCAAGCAAGUCCUGGCCGUAAACUUCUGGGGCACAGUGCAUCCAACUCAUUGUGCUCUUCCUCAUCUGAAGAAGAGCGGUGGUAAGAUCUUCGCCAACUCCUCGGCUGCAGCGGUGUUGGCAAUGCCAAGAAUGAGCUUCUACAAUGCCAGCAAGGCUGCUGUCCUCAACUUCUUCGAGACCCUGCGGAUGGAGCUCCGCGACGAGGUCGGCAUCACGAUCGCCACUCCCGGGUGGAUCGAGUCGGAGAUGACGAAAGGAAAGCACCUGUCGAAGGAAGGGACAGUGGAAGUCGAUCAGGACAUGAGAGAUGCUCAGGUCGGCUUGUUCCCGGUGGUGCGAGCCGAGCGGUGCGCGGAGGCGAUCGUCGACGCCGUCUGCCGCGGCCGGCGCCACCUCACCGUGCCGCUGUGGUACCGGGCGAUGUUCCUCUGGCGGAUGCUUGCGCCGGAGGUUGCGGACUUCAGCCAGCGGGUGUUCUACCGCCGGACCGCCGGCGGCGGCCACGGUGACCGGCAGGCCAAGGCCAGGAGGUUCCUGGAGGCCACCGGCGCCAAGGGGGUGCUACAGCCGGCGUCGCUGCGCAGCUCCGAUAUCAAACGGGACUAGAUCAAGACGCUGCAGUGGGGAGCUGAUCUGGAAGAAGCAGAGUGGUUUCGUCGUCGUUUUGUUCGGUGCAUCCAAAUAAGGUUACUACGUUAGAGCGAAAUCGAAUGUAAAUGGUGGCCCCGUGAUCAUAUCAUCGGCUGAGUGGAAAACUUGUAACGUUCGUAUCAAGGGCCUGUUUGCUUGCAGUCCUGGCUCAGGCAGCUAGCGCCAGGCUGGGGCAUCCAACCGCAGGCAGUCAAAAUCGACGGCCUGGUCCAACUGCCUGCACCAGACAGCAAGAUGCAGGCAGCAAGCAAGCAAACAAGCCCCAAGUGCGUGCCUUCAAAUUUGUAGUACCUUGUGCUGUGUGGGUACACAA